AUGGAGGACCGGUUUGCGUUUUUGGCUGAGUGGUACGACCCGGUGGCUGGUCUCCUUCGGAAGUACCAACUGUUCUUCUACUCCAGUGACAGCUCUGUGGAAAUGUAUGAUGUGAAAAACCAGAGAGUGUUCUUGAGACGGACAAAAUAUGAAGACCUGCACAUGGACGACCUGUUUGUGGGAAACAAAGUCAUCGUCUUUUCACGACAGCUCAACCUGAUUGACUACGGAGACCAGUUCACGGCUAAUAAACUCGGGAGCAAAAAGGAAAGAACACUGGCUCUGAUAAAACCAGACUCCGUGACGAGGAUCGGAGAUGUCCUUGAGACCAUCUACGGCUCUAAUUUGAUUGUGACCAAAGCCAAGAUGGUGAAGCUAACCUGGAGCCAAGCGGCCGACUUUUAUGUGGAACACCAGUCCAAGCCUUCCUUUAAUAGCCUGGUGCAGUUCCUGAGCUCUGGAGCCGUGGUGGCCCUGGAGCUGAUGGGGGAUGAGGCAGUGUCUGUGUGGAGGAGGCUGCUCGGGCCCACAGACUCGGCUCUGGCCCGGAGAGACGACCCCCAGUGCGUGCGCGCUCAGUACGGGACGGACGCAGUCAAGAACGUGGGCCACGGAUCCGACUCAUACAUGGUCGCCGCCAGGGAACUUGAGUUUUUCUUCCCAUCCACAGUCGGCCAUGGCCCUCCGAACACAGCCGUCCUCACCGACUCCACCUGCUGCAUUGUCAAACCCCAUGCCAUUUCUGAAGGUCUCGCUGGGAAGAUCCUCAACUCCAUAACAUUGGCUGGAUUCGAAAUAUCAGCACUUGAAAUGUUCAGUGUGGAACGAGCAAACGCAGAAGAGUUUUUGGAGGUUUACAAAGGCGUGGUUCCAGAGUACCCAAAUAUGGUGACCGAGCUGUGUUCUGGGCCCUGUUUGGUUUUAGAGAUCCAUGGCACCGAUGCUCCGACAGCGUUCCGACAGCUCUGUGGACCACUGGAUCCCGAAAUUGCCCGACAUCUGCGUCCGACGACGUUAAGAGCUUUGUACGGCAAAAACAAAGUGAAAAACGCGGUGCACUGUACGGAUCUGCCCGAAGACGCCGCUUUAGAAUUGCAGUAUUUCUUCAAGAUUCUGGAUGGAUGA